AUGGUUGACAAGUUGGUGAAGAAGGCCAACGCAUCCCUCCUUGUUGGUACCUCCUCUUGGAAGGAACAGUUCAGUGAAGCAUCACAGUCCAACCUGAGUAAGCUUAGAUGUUGCAACUUGAGCGAUGAAGAUGAAGGGAGAGAAGAAGAAAGAGAGAAGCUGCCCAGCUGUAUGGAUUACGUCAUGCAUUUUGUCACCGUCUUCUGGAAGAUUCUCUUUGCCUUUAUUCCUCCCACGGACAUCGCCAAGGGUUACCCAACGUUUAUAAUCUCUAUUUUGGGCAUUGGUCUUCUUACUGCCUUUAUCGGUGACUUUGCCUCUCACUUCGGCUGUUCUAUCGGUCUGAAGGACUCGGUGACUGCCAUUGCCUUCGUGGCUUUGGGUACCAGUGUUCCAGGUAUGUUGAGGCGAACCGCUAUGGAAGGGCUUGGAGGUUGUCACUGGUGAUUGCAAUGUCCACUU